CAUGGCUACGCCAAAGAAGCAGAAACUGGAGAAUGGCAAUGCAGGCAUUCCACCCAUGGUCACUGGUGGUACAGUCUCGUGGGAACGCCACGGCGCGCCGUUCUUCUCGAUGGGUGAAGGCACGCUGCGAGUGCCCAUGCAGAUGCACCAAGCGCAUCGGCAAAAGCUCUGCCAGGCGCUGCGCGCGCGUGGCCUCGAAGGUGACGCGGUGGUUCUGCUGCAGGGCGGCGAGGAGCUCAGCGUCUACGACACGGACACCAAUUGGGAUUUCAAGCAGGAGAGUAAUUUCCAAUAUCUCUUUGGAGUCAAGGAACCCGGGUGCUUUGCUGCUUUGCGGGUGAGGGACGCACAUGGCGUGCUUUGUAUCCCAAGGAUGGAAAAGAUGUACGAGGCUUGGUGUGGCCCCGUGAAACCUCCUGCCUGGUUUGCGAAGGCCUAUGGUGUCGAGGCAGCACAUGUGGACGAGCUGUCAGAAGUCUUGGAGAAAUUGGGCGCCAAGGAGUUGCUGGUGUUGCAAGGUGACCCAAACCGUGACUCGGGGUUGCAGCUCGCGGAGCCCAGCUUUCAGGGCAAGGAGAAGUUCAAAGUGAGCACUCAAGGCAGUCAAAUUCUUUGGGACGAGAUCAACGAAUGUCGAGCGGUGAAAGAUGACGACGAACUGAAGGUGCUGCAGUGGGUGAACGACGUUUCUUCGUCGGCCCACGUGGAGACGAUGCGCAGAAUGCGGGGAGGGCAGCGGGAGCAUCUGGCAGAGGCGACCUUCAAAUAUCAGGCCGCCCUACGCGGAUGCUUCCGCGUGGGCUACAACUGCAUUUGUGGCUCUGGUCGGCGAAAUGCCAUCCUUCAUUAUGGACACGCGGCCGAGCCGAAUAGUGAAAAGGUCGCGCCCGACAGUUUGCGACUUCUUGAUAUGGGUGCAGAGUACCAUGGCUACUCUGCCGAUGUCACCUGCACCUUCCCAGUGUCUGGACGCUUCAGUGUUCCGCAGAAGGUGGUUUACGAGGCGGUCUGGGACGCGGUCCAGGCGGUGGAGCACAAGUUGCGGCCGGGGGUGUCCUACAAGGACAUGCAUCGCUUGUCACAGCGCGUUCUCCUGGAACGUAUGGUCGCGGCAGGCCUGUUUGUUGGCAGUGUGGAUGAGAUGAUGUCCGCAGGUCUCAUGUUCCACUUCAUGCCCCACGGUUUGGGUCACCAGUUGGGCCUUGACGUGCACGACGUGGGUGGCUAUGCGCCAGGGAGCUUCCGCAAGGACGAUCCUAGCAUCAAGGAGAAUCUUCGCUGUGGCCGUGAGCUGAAAGAGAACAUGGUGAUCACGGUGGAGCCAGGCUUCUAUUUCAUUGACUACUUGAUCGAGGAAGCAUUGGCAAGCAGCAAGGGAAAGUUCAUCAACAAGGAGAAAUUGUACGAAUUCUGGCCCUCUGUCGGCGGCGUCCGGAUCGAGGAUGAUGUGGUCAUCACGGCGGAGGGUUGCCGCGUCCUGACCUGCGUUCCGCGCACGGUGGCAGAGAUCGAAGCGGUCAUGGGCGGAGCCGAGUGGCAGGUCAGUUCGGCGUGCUGCCGCAGCUACACUGCGGAGUGAAGCGGGAACGAACUGGUGCUUGAAAUGCGUUAGGAAGUUCGUGCAGAGAUGGGAUCGGUCAAUACCACACAUUGCACGGAGUAAUAGUGG